GGCAGAGGGAGCGGAAAAGUCUUUUCCCCCGUCCGUUCUCUCUCUCUCUCUACUUUUAUUUCCUCUGGCUGGGUUCGUGUAGUUUAAAAGGGAAGAAGGAAAAACUCUAGUCUUAAACCGGUUUGGGUUUUCAGCUCUUUGCUCCUUCUGCCAUUUCUGUAUUAUAAAGAAAGAGACUGUGGACGUCUGAGGAGAGGGGGGACUUCCAUGUGCAGUGGUUCCGAAAGGAAACCUUCCCAAACGGGUUUCGUCAUGGAGGGUGAAUUUGGGAGGAAAGAAGGCCUUCAACCUAACUUUUCGGUUUUGCUUGAAUUAUCCGCCUCCGACGAUUUAAUCGGUUUCAAAAGGGCCGUGGAAGAAGAAGGUUAUGAUGUUGAUGAGGCAAGCUUGUGGUAUGGGAGGAGAAUCGGGUCAAAGAUGAUGGGGUUUGAAGAGAGAACACCCCUCAUGAUUGCUGCCAUGUUUGGAAGCAAGGGUGUGUUGAAUUAUAUACUUGGGACUGGUCUUGUUGAUAUUAAUAGGGCUUCUCGUUCGGAUGGGGCCACGGUGCUUCAUUGUGCUGCUGCCGGUGGCUCCGAUGCUUCAGCCGAGGUUGUUAAGCUCUUGCUUGAUGCUUCUGCUGAUGUUAAUGCUCUCAAUGCUAAUGGGAAACGCCCCAGUGACUUGAUCGCCCUGGGUUUGAAUUCAGCCUCUAAUCUUAUGAAGAAGAAAUUGGAGGUCAUGCCGAAGGGCUUUAGUGGUAUUGAUGAUCCCUUUGUGUUGUAUGAUCAAAUGGGAACUGAAAUGGAAGGACAAGAACAGCAAGAGGCUUCAACACCACGGGUCUUUAAGGAUGGAACAGAGAAGAAAGAGUAUCCUGUCGAUCUCUCUCUUCCAGAUAUCAAGAAUGGAAUUUAUAGCACAGAUGAGUUUAGAAUGUAUACUUUCAAGGUCAAGCCAUGCUCAAGGGCUUACUCGCAUGACUGGACAGAGUGCCCAUUUGUUCAUCCUGGGGAAAAUGCCAGGCGGCGUGAUCCAAGGAAAUACCAUUAUAGUUGUGUCCCUUGUCCAGAGUUCAGAAAGGGCACGUGCAGGCAAGGAGAUGCUUGUGAGUAUGCGCAUGGUAUUUUUGAGUGUUGGCUUCACCCUGCUCAGUAUCGAACCCGACUCUGCAAGGAUGAGACGGGAUGCACCAGAAGGGUCUGUUUCUUCGCUCACAAACCAGAAGAGCUUCGCCCUCUGUAUGCUUCCACAGGUUCUGCAGUGCCUUCUCCAAGAUCUUUUUCGGCCAAUAAUCCUGGUCUGGACAUGGGGUCAAUCAGUCCACGUGCCCUAGGAUCUCCAUCGGUGUUGAUACCAUCAAGCUCAACACCACCCAUGACUCCCUCUGGAGCCACUUCCCCAAUGGGUGGUGGAACCAUGUGGCAGAACCAGUCUAGUAUUGUGCCCCCUUCCUUGCAGCUUCCUGGUAGUCGAUUGAAAACUGCCCUAAGUGCUAGAGAUCUUGAUUUAGACAUUGAAUUUCUUGGGCUUGAAAAUCAUCGUCGCAGGCAACAACAGUUGUUGGAUGAGAUAUCUGGUCUCUCAUCACCAUCUGGCUGGAAGAGUUCCUUGGCUGUCACCUUGGGUGAUCGAAUUGGGGAAUUGAAUAGGCUUGGACUAGUGAAGCCUACUAACCUUGAUGAUAUUUUUGGAUCUCUGGAUCCUGCCCUUUUGCCUCAAUUCCAGGGACUUGCACUGGAUGUCUCAGCACCCCAGUUGCAAUCUCCUACUGGGAUGAAGGUUCGCCAGAACAUGAACCAGCAACUCCGGUCAAGCUACGGUACUGGCCUUUCAUCCUCUCCUGUGAGGGCAUCAUCACCAUUUGGUGUUGACCCAAAUGGUGCAGCUGCUGCCACUGCUGUGAAGUCGAGGUCAGCUGCUUUUGCUAUGCGGAGCCAGAGCUUCAUCGAGCGAAGUGCUGCAAAAUCUCAUUCUGGCCUUUCUUCACCUGGUGGUUCUGCUUCUGUCAUGCAUUCUACCCUUUCAGAUUGGGGUUCCCCAGAUGGAAAAUUGGACUGGCGACUCCAGGGAGAAGAGUUGAACAAGCUUAGGAAAUCUGCUUCUUUUGGGUUCCGAAGCAAUGGCAGCAGUUAUGCAACAAGUGCAGCCAUGAUGCCGGCUACUCUCAAUGAGCCGGAUGUCUCUUGGGUUCAGUCCCUGGUGAAGGAUGCCCCUCCUGUGAAACAUGGACAGUUAGGUUAUGAGAAGGAGCAGCAGCAGUGCCAUCUUGACUCUGGAGGCUCAGAGAUGCUCCCGGCUUGGGUGGAGCAAUUGUAUAUGGAACAGGAGCAGAUGGUGGCAUAAAGCAUAUUCAACCCCAGAAGUGCUUCUAUUUUAACCUUUUAACUAGUUUAUUUCCUAUUUUUUAAAUCUUUAUUGAGAUUUUAUCAUGUUUACUUAGUGGGGAACUGGAGAGGGGGGGAAAGAGGAAUAUACCCCAGGGAAGAAAACGAAGAAGUUGGGCAGGGGAAAGUUUUCUGCUCAUACAAUCAUUAGGUUCUUCGAAAUAAUAGGGCUUUAGUUCCAUUUUUUCUUGAUUUGGUUCUUGUCUUCAUUUUAGUUUCUAUUUUCAUCCUAAAAUAGAAAGAUGCCUUUGAGCAGGGGAUGAUCUUUCCUGGGUGAGACUGGAGAUGCUGAUCAAUUUAAACUUCAUAUUCUGUCUUUGGUAUUGGAAAUUGUAGUCAUACCAAUUUAUUGAGCUAUAUUCUGUCAUUGGGGUUGUAUACAUAAUAUGUAUCGCAAGCAAUUACUUUGAUUAUAAUGCAUUCUCUCU